UACUACAAGGUCACACAAAACCCACCCUCGCUCUCAGAUGCGAAAAAAGGCUCAGCAUCUACUGACUUUAUUUGUUCCAGUUCACACCAAGUUUUCACAUUCAAGAGUAAAGCUGUGCUGUUUCCACUGCAGCCUGCGCCACUGCGUCCAGUCACAGAACAAGCUGUGAGUUCGGGCUUGUGACCUAACGAGAACUGACAAGGUAUCGGAGUUUGUAAGUUUUUACAGCACCCAACACCAGCACGGGCAGUUAAUACUGACGGAAGACAUUGAAACGAAAUUUAUUUCCGAGCCAAACGUCGGUGAGAGAUGCCCAGCAGCCAGAACACCCCCAGCUCCGCACCUUGGGUGCGUGAGCCCCUUCUAGCGGAGAGGGCGGGCUGAUGGCAGGAGCCUUUACACCCUGCCGUGUAUCUUCACGCACAGUUUAAAACAAGCCCGGGCUAAGAGGAACAGAAAGACUCCGAAUUCCCAAAAUGCGAUCCUGUUGGCUGCGGGCGCCCCGGCGGGUGUGGGCCGGGGGAAGGCGGCCCCGGGGCAGCCUCACCCCGCCCUCCAGCCCCGUCCCGGCAGCCGCCGCCCCACGGCCCCGCCGCGCCCGGAAACGGCGGCACCGGCGCGGGGCUCCGGCUUCCCCCGCAGCCAUGAGCGGGCUGGGGGCCGCCGCGGGGCCGGCAUGGCAGCGGGACAGCGGCGGGCUCUCUCUCCUUGCCGAGGAGCCUCACGGCGCCGCACCUGUGGAUUUCCUGCAGGAGCUGCCCAGCUGCCAGUCGGCGCGGAGGCGCCGCGGGGGCACCCAGGAGUGCCGGCCGGCCCUGCUGGGCACCGCCGGCAGCCGCGGGGACGCGGCCCGAGCGGAGACAGGCGAACUGGCUGAUCGCCCUGCCAGAGAGCACCCGAAAUCCAUGGCAGAGAAGAGGAGAAUAAGGGACUCUCAGCAGGCUGAUACAGAACAUUUAACUAGAUGGAAGAAAUGGAGAAGAACUAGCAGUAAAUCACUGAAAAAAGCACUCACUGAAGUCAAGGGCUUGUCAUCUUACCUGGUGCUGUGGCGACAUGAUAUUCACAGCAUAGAAGGGAAAUUUGGUACUGGCAUCCAGUCCUACUUCUCCUUCCUGCGCUUUCUGGUCCUGCUGAACUUUAUAAUUUUUAUCCUGAUGUUCAGUUUUGUUACUCUUCCCACCAUAAUUUCUAAAUAUGGAAUAUUCAACAGUACCAUUGCUUACAUUUCUCCAAAGAACAUAGAUGAUACCUGCACAAUUUAUAAACCUAGUGGUAAUAAGGGACUUAUUUACUUCUAUACUUACCUCAAAGAUUUGCUCAGUGGCACUGGAUUCCUUGAAGUGACAAGUUUGUUUUAUGGCUAUUACUCAAUAGAUGCUGUAUGGAUCAGUAUCAUGAGGUACAACUUGCCACUCGCAUACCUGCUGGCUACAUUUGCCUACCUUACCUUAAGUUCCCUCUGGAUAAUAAAGAGGUCUGUGGAAGGCUUUAAGCAAAACUUAGUGCAUGAUGCAGAUCCAUUUCAGAGUUACUGUAACAAAGUCUUUGCAGGCUGGGAUUUCUGCAUUACAGAUCCAAAUGCAGCCCGGCUGAAACAUCGCAGCUUGCAAUAUGAGCUCCAGACGGACUUGCAGGAAGAAAAACUGAAGCAAAAAAUAGCUGAGAGGAAAAUGGGAGAAAAGUUACGCAUCUACUCUCUGAGAAUAUUUAUAAAUAUAAUUGUCAUAGCCAUUUUAUCAGGAUGUUUUUACUCAAUUUAUAGAGUAACUGUCUUCUCUCAAGAAAACUCCAAUGACAUUGGCAAUGUAAACUCCCAGGUUAAUCUCUUAGUGCAGUAUUUGCCUUCCAUGGUGAUCACACUGGCCAACUUCAUCGGUCCUCUGAUCUUUGCAUUUCUGAUCAGAUUUGAAGACUAUACACCAGCCUUUGAAAUCAAGCUGACGCUCUUGAGGUGUGUCUUCGUGCGGUUGGCCAAUAUUGGCGUCCUCUUGUUCUCACUGUGGAGUCAGAUCGCCGGCUGUGGCAGUGACAAGUGUAAGCCCUGUGGAUACAAUUACAAACUCUAUCCUUGCUGGGAAUCUGAUGUUGGACAAGAAAUGUACAAACUGAUGAUAUUUGAUUUUAUUGUAAUCCUUGCUGUGGCCCUUUUUGCGGACUUCCCCAGAAAGUUGUUAGUUACUCAUUGCUCUUGGAAGCUUGUUCAGUGGUUUGGACAUAAGGAAUUUGAAAUUUCUGACAAUGUCCUGGAAAUCAUUUAUGGGCAGACUAUUUGCUGGAUUGGAACGUUCUUUUCGCCACUUCUCCCUGCAAUAGCAACUAUAAAAUACUUCAUCAUCUUCUAUGUUAAAAAGAUUGUCUUGAUACACACACGCAAACCUGCAGCAAGGCCUAUAAGGGCAUCAAGUUCCAACUUUUUCUUCCUGGUGGUGCUGUUGAUUGGGCUCCUCUUGGCUUUUAUCCCUCUGGGAUUCAGCAUAGCACGUAUCCCCUCUUCCAAGGCAUGUGGGCCAUUCAGGAAUUUUAACACUUCGUGGGAAGUUAUUCCAGAUACAAUACUUCAGUUUCCAACAGGUCUGCAGCAGAUCCUUUUUGGCAUCGCAUCAGAAGCCUUUGCAGUGCCUUUUUUUGUGAUCCUUUGCAUCAUGAUGUUCUAUGUUAUUGCCUUGGCUCGAGCACACAAACGAGUGGUUGAACAGCUGAGAGAACAACUGGUUUUGGAGAGUCGUGACAAGAUGUUCUUAAUCAGAAAGAUCGCAGAAGCUCAGAGGUAUCCUUGAAAACCACACAAGCCAAAAGAACUUGACUUCCUGAAACUCCCAGAACAAGAUAACAGCAGAAGCAUUUGCAGCUUGUAAAACCUGAGCAGCUGACUGGCACCCUGGAACUGUGGUCUCUGUAAUGGCUGCUUGUGGUCUGAGGCUUAGCAUUUCCAAAACUUGGAAAUUCAGCUAAUUUAUACUGUGUUAGAGCUGUUCAAAAAAGGAUACUUUAACUCUCAUACAGCUUCAGGGUUGUUGGGAUUUGUUACAUCCCAAUUUUUUCAGGGAGUUUGGGUAAAAUAUGAUCAGAACUGAAAUCCUUUUGUACUGUUUUUAGAAAUUAUGCUAUAAGAAUCACAAGAGAGGGAAAAGGUAUGGUUUUACAUGUUUUGGUUUUAAAAAAGAUCUAUGGAAGUAUGUUGGAAUAGUGCAUAGGAAAAGAAAAUAUGGCAUGGGUUUGAAAUAAAUUUUCUAAAUAUUUUUAGACGUGAGGGUUUGCUCUGAAGCAGCAAGAGCAGUUGAACACUGGAUAACUGGUCACAAAAUGGCUCAGAGAAAACAAACUGAUACAAGAGCUCUGAAUAAACACUCAGGAUAGGAAGAAGCCAGCAGGCAUAGCACUGUUGGGGCACCAGCCUUGCUGCUGUGGAGGGGCCUUUUUUGGGUUUUUUAAUGUUUUAAGUCAUUAUUAUUUGUAUUUUAUUCUCGUAUGAACAUCUUGACUCCUGGUCUAUGUGUUCUAAAAUGUGAAUAUUUCAGAGUUAAAUUAUUGGUUGGCAAUACUGUGUGUCAAUACCCUUUAAUUUCUCAUUUCCUCUGUCUUACCCGAACUGCUGGGACCAUGUGUCUCAGAGAACCGUGUGUCCCUGUAGGCUACUAACCCAGUCCUUUAUUUAAAGACUAUGAUUAAAGAUUUCUUGUACAAAACUGCGUUUAUUGUUUGAAACCUGCAUCAGUCCUCUCUUAGUUAAUGUGAGACACUAUCCUUUCAGUAUAAAGUUUUGGAGUGUUUUCUGUGCUCAUUGUGAAGGGCUGGCCGUUCAAUAAACGCUAUUUAUUUUACCAA